UCACAGUAGAAGCCUGCCACUGACAGAAGCUCCGUCCAAAGCCUGAAACUUUCACAUACACCAGACAGCAUGAGAGCUUUGACUCCGACCGUGGCGGUGCUGUGGGUGAUAACAAUGCCCUGCCUGCAAGCAAUCCACGGACUGUAUAACUUCGGCCAGCAUGAACUAUUCUACAAGAAAAACAACUGCAAGGCAAUCCCUGCAAAUCUCCUGCUUUGCCACGAUAUAGAGUACACGGAGAUGCGCCUCCCGAACCUGCUCGGACACGAAACCAUGAACGAAGUACUGCAGCAAGCGUCGUCUUGGAUCCCGCUGGUCCAGAAACAGUGUCACCCGGACACGAGAAAGUUCCUCUGCUCUCUUUUCGCUCCGGUCUGUCUGGACGAUUUGGACGAGCCCAUACAGCCGUGCAGGUCUCUCUGUGAAAACGUCAAGCGCGGCUGCGCGCCCGUGAUGUCCGCCUUUGGCUUUCCGUGGCCAAAGAUGCUGGACUGCGAGCGCUUCCCACUCGACAAUGACCUGUGCAUACCGCCUGCAAGAAUCGACAGCUUUGCGCCAGCCACCAAAGAGGCGCCCAGGGUGUGCGAUGCUUGCAAGGAAACUGAUGAAAAUGACAACGAAAUUGUUGAGAACCUCUGCAAAAAUGACUUUGCUCUGAAAAUCAAAGUGAAGGAGAUCGCCUACAUCAACGGCGACACCAAAAUAGUGCCGGACACGAAGAGCAAGGCAAUCUACAUGGUGAACGGCGUGACGGAGCGAGACCUCAGGAAGACGGCGCUGUGGCUGAAGGACGGGCUGCAGUGUAUCUGCGAGGAGAUGGACGACAUCAACGCCGCAUACCUCGUCAUGGGCCAGAAGAUGGAUGGCCAUCUGGUCAUCACCUCUCUGAAGCGCUGGCAGAAGGGACAGCGCGAGUUUAAAAGGAUUUCACGCAGCGUCCGCAAGUUACAGUGCUAGGGAAGAGGGGGGAGGAAGAGGUGGGGUGGGUACCUGCAUGUUAAGGUUGAAGGUCAAGUUUUGUUGAGGGAGUCCUUCUUUUGUGGUCGCAGUUCUGGUUUUUCUGCUCUAGAGCGCAGCAAAGACGUUUGCCUGGCCCCAGAGGACGCACAGCUUACUGUUUCUCUCAUUGGUUUAUCAUUGAAUACAGAUAAUGUUUAAAAAGAAGAAGAAGUUGAAAUGGGGUAUAAAGUAUAGAUAAACACGCUUGAAUAAACCAAAAAUCUUUUAUUUGACUCUAAAACUAUAACUGUGGUUUUUAUUGUGAAAAUCAGACUUCCAGACAGACGUCCAUUCAGUUUGUACGCACCGGUAACAUUGGUGCCCCCUAGCUGCCAAUUUCAAACUGUGCGUCCCUCCCCAGCGAAUGGUCUUUGCUGCGGCCCCAUCAGUUACAGUUAAUUGCACUCAGCUGCUGUCCAAGGUCCAGAGCAAUCACAACUUACACGGAGAGAGUGAAAACUAGCAAAGCUUUGAGUCCAGGAUUUGAAAAUGACUGACUCUACUUAUCACUGGCAGAUGUGUCAUCCUGGUAAAGCUCACAGAGUGAGCUCGUCAGACUUUUAGGGCGUUUUUCUCAUCUUUUCCAGGAGGUCAAAUCAGGUGUUAAAUCUUUUAACAUUAUUGGUUUUUUUAGCCGUCAUUUCUAUAAAAGCCCCAUUUAAAAUCAACAACAACACGCAGACCUGGACAGCUUUGAGAUCAGCAGCAACAGAUCUGGUGAUGUACUGCUUGGAUUAAGUUAACAAUGUAUUCUCAUCUUAUAGAAAGUCACUUCUGCCUCAGAUGCUAACGCGGAUUCAUUUUACACAGUGCCCAGCGAUUAAAGCUGUGAUCCAGGGGUGCCUAGCGCGAAGCAUACAGCAAAUAUUUGUAGUUUUGUAUUCCUACCAUUUCCUCAAAUGAGAGAUAGCUGGCUAUAUUCUCUUCCCGUUCAGUAUUUUAAUAAUUCUUGGUAAACGUUUUGUACUUGAGCAACUGCAUAAUUUUCUACCACCAUAUGAUAAAAAUAUUUUUUUACUCCUAGACACUCAUGUGUCAUGUAAACAUUCAACUUUGCAUCUUCAUUCUGAGUGACGCAAACUGCUUCUUGGUAUUGAUGAUUGGACGGUUUUGAUGAGCAGGUAGUUUGGUAAAUGCAAGUAACUGUGUGUCUGUGUGUGUGUGCUUGAAACAUAAGUCAUUUUGGAUGUAUUACAGUGUAAAUAUCAAAUACUGUCAUUUAUUCUUGUGUAAAGUUUGCAGCAAUUAAAAGAUACAAAGUUAAUAUUUGAAA